AUGUCAACUCAGAACUUUUUCGAAGGACCCAAUGGAGAGUUGUGGAUCAUGAACGCUCACGGUCAACUGGUUCCUGUUAGCCACCUGGAGACACGCCAACACUUAGAUCCAACUACUCAAAUAAAUCACCACUCUCCUGAUCAAGUUUGGAGAAACAACCAGGACCUUGAAUUCGUUUCUGCUCACGAUUUCCAAUCAGCCAUCACCCAACAAAACAGUCAAGCUGGACCUCAGAUCAAUCAAUUGGGGCAUCACCAUCGUCAUCAAAAUGUCCCUUCCAAUCUCAACAAAGGCCAUGAUGCUAGACAGACCACUUUAACAAUCAACUCAGCUAGCGACACUCCUGCCAACUUGGCUGCCCAAACCACCACGGCCAGAACCAAGCGACCAUACAAGAAGCGCAAGACCCAACAAUCAAAGGUACUUCAGCCUACUGGGACACCAGCAUCCUCCACUCGCACCAACCAGCCAACAUCUGACUCAGAACCUUCAAGCCAUAAUCAAAACGUGCAGUCGGAAGGACCAGAUAAUUUGCGGUCAACCCCAUUGUCCCACAACCACAUAUCUGGAGCCCCGACUCUGUUGCCCAACAAUAUCACACAUAAUGUGCCACCCUCUCAACACCAGGCCAACGCGGAUGCUUGCAUCAAUACAAUCAAUAGUCUCAAUCGACCUGCUCUACCCGAUGACCUAGCUCAAGAUUUGGAAGUCGUUGAUCUGUACGACUUACGCUUGCAUCAACACUUAAUUUUUAAGAAUAAACGACUUACUCAGAAGAUCAAAGACGACCUGAAGGAGAUCACCUUAGAGUAUCAGAAGAAAAUACAUCUUCUUGCUCUGCAGCACAAAAUCCGCUCUGAAAUCCUGUUCAAAUGGAUCGGUAUUUGGAACAAAGUGAGGGGCCCAAAUCGGUUCAAUAAUUACUGUCGUUAUGCCCCUGAUGCCAGGCGACUUUUUGAUUCAAAGGCAGUCCCACCCAGCGAGAGGAUGCAGCAGGUUGCCGAGCAAUGGAGGAGUCUGGAUGAUGAAGAGCAGCUGAAAUACAACGAUUGGGACUUUAUCAAUAUGCUCCGUCAAAAAAUGGGACUCCAACCGGUGGACAACCCCGAAGAGGUCGAAGAUGAAGAUCAAGCGGAAGCAGCUCAGUUGGAAGGGGAAGAAGCAGCCCUUGCUCCCAGGAAGUCCGAUUCUCAAGUCCUCAAACACUGCAAAGAUUGGGCUAAAAAAGUAGCUGUUGAUAUGAACUUCUUCAGUACCCAAUACCAGGUUGAGGGUUUUUUUAUCAUUACUUCGACGGAUUACAAAGGACGUGUAUUCAUUAGUGGCGGGAGUUUUCUAGGUCAAGAUUACAUGCAGUUAAGGAAAACCAAGGACGACGAUCCAUGGAGAGGAUUCCGGCUCUGGGCAACUGGAAUUGCGACUGAUGCCAAGUUGUGUGGUGUGCCGGUUGACGCAUUAUGCAAGAAACGAAAACGACAGGCGAUCCAAGUUACCUCCUCAAACCCACAGGCUCAAGAGAAACAACGUGUACUCAAAGGCCUGUGGGACACAGGUCUCGCAAAGACUAAUAAGCCAAAGAUGACCACUCAGCUCAGAGAGCUGUUAGCUGAAGCUUCUGGUGGCGUUUGGAGUGGUGGUUGGCCUGGGGAAAAAGGUUGCGAGUUGUUUCAAAAAUGGGGGUUGAAGCUGCAUAUCGAUCCCAGGGCAACAAAACUUAAGGAAGAGUAUCUACUUGGCUUUGCAUUCAAAAAUGCAGGAGCAGGCAUUGUCGACAUCAUUCUGGAGGCAUUACACAACAGUUGA